AUGCUCAAGGAAUGUGUUGAAGCAAUUCGCCGCGAGUGCGGCAAAGACUUCCUUAUUGCAACAAAAAUCAAUUUUGAUGAUGGUUACAAUGGAGGAUUAGUUGCAGAAGAAGUUGCCAAAAUAUGUGGAUCAACUAACGGAGUUGAUCUAUGGGAAUAUUCAAAUACCCUGAAAGCUGUCAGGAACUCUUUGGAUCCAAAAACUGCUCGUCCAGUUAAAGGUGGAUGGCAUAUUAAAACACUUCCAAUUCUAAGAAAAGGUACUGAUGCAAAGAUUGCAAUUGUUGAUAGCAUUAGAAAAAAACACACAUGA